AUGUUUUUUUUUCUUCUUCCUGUUCAUAUGUCUUUCUUCAUUCAUUUAAUUCAUUUGACCCAUUUUUGUUUCUUUUCUUCUUCUUUUUUUCAUCUUUUUUCUUCUUUUUCUUCUCUUUUACAUAAUACUAUUUUCUACAUUAUCAUUUCGCUUUAUUCUGGUUCAUUUUCCCUUUUCGUCAUUUUAUUUUCAUUUACUUCUUCGUCUUUUUCAUUCCUUUUUUAUUCGAUUUCUUUUCACUCCGCUCCCUCGUUUUACACAUCCUUCAACUUCGCCGCCAUCAUCAACAGCUCAACGGCCGCUGUUUCUUUUAAUUGUUCCCCUCUCCGUAUAUUAGCCAAAUUUGGGCAUCAUUAUCAUUCAAUUUUUUCUUCGUUCGUUUAUUUAUUCCUCCUUAUCCAUCUCUUGCAAAUUCACUCGUUCUAUCAUUCAAUGGAUUAUUCAUUCACUUUCUCUCGCCCAGUCACAUAUUUGCAAUUCCUUCUUUUUUUUUCGUUCAUUCAAGCUUUCAUUCACAAAACUAGCCUACCCAUUCUGUCAUUGUUUCAUUCACACUGUUCGUCUUCUCAUUCAAUAUUCAAUGACGCUAUCGACAACAACAAGAUUAACCGUAUAAACGCUACCACUGCUUCAUUCAUAUUGCUUACACGUUUUUCGCGGGGGCGUCUAACGUGA